AUGGAUGUUUGGCAGGAGGUGGGUCGAGCACCUGCCGGCGUUUGCACUCCCUGCGUUCUGGCCGUAGCUCUUGCAGCUCACCUGAGAGGCAGCGGGCGGCUGCUGAGGGACUGCAUUCCUUCCGAGGAGCUCGAUGAGAAGAGGAAGGAGGCCAUGAUGGAACAGCAUAAGCCUUUCUGCACCCUCCUGAUCUUGGGGCUCAGCUCGGUCAUUCUUCUGAAGUACGGCUUCCUUACCUUCAAAGUCCUUCUGAGACCAGAAGAAAGUCUGACCACCUUCGACUUCAUCCGGGCUCUGGGAGGGGGUGUCUAUCUGCUGGUCUGGUCCAUGUUCCUGUCGGGACACAUUCAGCUGAGCAUUUGGCGCAUAAAACUGCUGGCUGUUUCUGUCCACGUCGUGCUCCUCCUGCGGGAGAUGACGAUGGAUUUUCAGGAGGAUGCCUUGAUGAUGGCUUUUCGGGUUACCGCAGGCUUGGCUAUGAUGGAUCACUGGCAAGCCCUGCUUUUGCAGUCUGGCUUUGUGGUUCUGCGCGCUGCGGCGAAGUACACCACUUCCACCGCGGAAGAGCUGACCAUGCACAUCGUAGGGGCGGUUCUCCUCUGGGUGAUCUGGUUUGCAGUCCAGACCUGCUUGAAGCAGUUCCUCCUCAUGACCCAACAGGUGGCCGAUGCCAAAGCUUCACUGGAGGCCGUCAGGGCCCUCUUGUCUAGCCAAUGCGAUGCCGAGGCCUGCCUCAGCUCGGCAUUCGUGUUCCAGGACCCGUCGUCGAAGUUGGCUCACUUCCUUGGCUGUGAGGUUGACCAGCUGAAGAGCCGCUCGUUGGACGAGUUUCUGGCUGAGUCAGAUCGCCAGAGAUUUCGUUCGCUCACCGAGUCCUCAACGCAUGCCUUGGAGCUCGGAAAGCGGCAGCAGUACCACGCGCUGGCAGCAACGGUGUCUUUGAAUGUCGCGAACAGGCAAAUCGAAGUGAAUCUGCGACUAUGCAGUGUGCCCGCUCUCCAAAGCGAUGGCUACUUCUUCCUGGUAGCGCUGAAUCUGGUACGUAGCGACAUAUUCGAUGCUGACAGCAUGGAUCCUGGGGCCAUCAGUGCAGGUGAGGGCAAUGAUUCCUCACCCUCAGAUACUUCCCCAACACACUGUGAAUCAGCUUCCUUCGGUGGUGAGCUGUCUGCGCCAUUGAACAAGCACUUGCAGUUCCAUGCCCGUAAUAAGGAGACUGCCAAUGCCUUCAGCUCAGUGUCUGUGAUUUUUGAUUCACGGACACUUGAAGUAUCCAACCUGCGAGUUUCCCUCAACAUUGGAAGCUGGAAGCAGUCGGACCGGACCUUCUUGAAGAACUGUAUCUUGGAGGAUGUUUGGCCUGGGUUCAGCAGCUGGCUGAAGAGCUGGGGCCAAGGGCAAGUGACCAACUCUCCGCCACCCAUCGUGUUAUUCAGGUUUCCGCAAUUACUGCGCAUGCGCAAUGUUCUCGCAGCCAGGCAGUCGGAUCUGAAGAAAUGUCGGGGCGAAGAUGGAAGACCCACCGGCGAGAUCUGUCUGAGACUACGAGACAUUCGUUUGCGCAAGGUGCUCCGGCGUGGCAAAUUCAAGAAAAGGUCUGAUUCGGUGGCAAGCCGCGAGAGUAUGUGUAGCGCAACCGCAGCAGUUCAGUCACCUAACUCGGGACGUAAAUCACGUCUUGCAGAUUUGUCUAUUGAGCUGCCUUCGUCGUAG